AUGUUCUUCAACUACGGCGCGCCCCUCUGCCCGCCGAGAGUUUUCGAGUUCGCAGGCCUCGACCCCUUGCCCGCAGCGGAGGCGACCUCGCGCAGCCCCGCUGCCACCGGACCCGGCACACCGACCCACGCCAACGCCGGGUCCUCGUGGGGCGGGAGCGCGUACCUCGGCAAGCUGCGGCCCGAGGAGCGGCUCAAGCUGAGCCGCUUCUACGCGCCGCACAACCGCGAGCUGUACGCGUGGGUGGGGAAAGACUUUGGGUGGGAGGUCGCCGCCAAUCUGUCCAGCACAUAA